AGCUAGAGUCCAUGCUGAGAAACAGGUAUUUAUUUUGAUGACUGAACUGGACUUUGCAAUGCUAUAAUGUAAAUUAUUCAAGUCAAUUUAUCAACUUAAUUAAUCUAUAGCCACGCUGCACCUUACAGUUUAAGUUCUCCAACUGAUCUAUAUGAUGCCACCACCAGUCGCUGCUAAUUUGAGGCGACUUCAGUGCUUUUAUUUUUAAGGCAAAAUUGCGUGACUUCCUGUUUUCAUUUAGCUAACUGUGUCUAACUCUACGCAGCUCUUACUCUCAGCCCCGACAAACAUAAGUCUCUCGGUUUUGCUGGCAGGCUACGGAAGACAACUGAACACUACCAGUACCGAGUGACUAUAUUUACCUCCAACUGUAACAAACAGUCUUUCUUUAAAACAUAUUUCACAGUCCGUCGGUACCUGCUGCACUUGCUCUCUCCUGGUUUAGAAAGUCGCGGCGCUCUAAUUUUCGGCAGAAUAAAUAACGGAUAAAUUAAGCGAAAUAUCGGACACGGUUUGGGUGAAAUGUAUGGUUAUGAUUACUGUCUUCUGAGGAGGGUGUCCAACACAGAGCUGUAGUUUCUCUUGAAGAGGCGAGGAAUGCAAUCUGAGCAUCAAUGUUUCACUGGGGCAAGUGGAAGAAGAGGAUGGGAGCCAAUAGUUCUUCAAAGCGACCAGUUUUCGAUGAAAAGGAAGAUGUGAACUUUGACCACUUCCAGAUAUUGCGGGCCAUUGGGAAAGGGAGCUUUGGAAAGGUAUGCAUUGUGCAAAAGAGGGACACCGAAAAGAUGUACGCCAUGAAGUACAUGAACAAACAGCAGUGCAUAGAGAGAGAUGAGGUCCGAAACGUCUUUAGAGAGCUUGAGAUCCUACAGGAAAUUGAACAUGUUUUUUUAGUAAAUCUCUGGUACUCAUUCCAGGAUGAGGAGGACAUGUUCAUGGUGGUGGACCUCCUGCUGGGAGGAGAUCUACGCUACCACCUGCAGCAGAGCGUCCAGUUCAGCGAGGACGCUGUCAAACUCUACCUCUGUGAGAUGACACUGGCACUCGACUACCUGCAGAACCAGCACAUUAUCCAUAGAGAUGUCAAGCCAGACAACAUCCUGUUGGAUGAGCAAGGUCACGCUCACCUGACGGACUUCAACAUAGCAACGAUAAUAAAGGACGGAGAGAGAGCCACAGCCUUAGCUGGAACCAAGCCCUACAUGGCCCCAGAGAUCUUCCAGUCUUUUGUAAGUGGAGGGACGGGCUACGCCUUUGAAGUAGACUGGUGGUCACUAGGGGUGACAGUCUUCGAAGUGCUGCGUGGAUGGAGGCCCUAUGACAUCCAUGCCAGUAACUCAGUGGAGUCGCUGAUCCAGCUCUUCAGUACAGUCAGUGUCCAGUACAGCCCAGCCUGGCCCAAGGACCUGGUUUCCCUCUUGAGGAAGCUACUGACAGUGAACCCAGAGCAUCGUUUCUCCAGCCUGUCUGACAUGCAGACAUCUCCCUACCUCGCUGACGUCAACUGGGACGCCGUGUUCGAGAAGAAGAUGGAGGCCGGAUUUGUUCCUAACAAAGGUCGCCUCCACUGCGACCCCACCUUUGAGCUGGAGGAGAUGAUCCUGGAGUCGCGCCCCCUUCACAAGAAGAAGAAGAGGCUGGCCAAGAACCGGUCUCGAGACAACAGCAAGGAUUCUCAGUCUGAGAAUGACUACCUACAGGAGUGCCUUGAAGUGGUGCAGCAAGAGUUCAUGAUCUUCAACCGUGAGAAGUUGAAAAGGCGUCAGGAGGAGGGUCAGUCGGAGGCCGGGGGCGAUGAUGCCAGUGGAGACGGGGAUGGAGAGGCCGAAGCCGGGGCCACCGACGAUGACGCACCCGAGCCAGAACCAGACCCCGGUCCCGAGCCGGAGCCUGAGUCCUCCUCCAAACUGAGCAUGUGCGGCUCGGUCUGCUCCUCCCCCGGCAGCUGCUAGCACCACAUCGCCUCAAAGAGACGAUCGCAGGUCUCUCUGGCCGCUGCAGUGUUUGUGCCAUGCCAUUAGAUACAUCCUCACCUCUCUCCUCUGUUGUAGCCAGGAGCGGAGGAAACGCACAGCAGGACCCAAAAUGGCUCCCACCAUUGCCCCUCCUUUUUUUUUUUUUUCUGUAGCAUCCUUCCGGUAAGGCAUGAAUGGAGCAGAUUUCCAGAGAGUCCCCGCCUACUGUACCCGUCCGCCCCUAGAGUAAGCUCUAACUUCUAUGCAAUGUUACAGUAUAGCAUGACAAAUAAGGUAUCCCUUACUAAGCGGUGUUGUUCACGAGCAGAAAGCUCGAGCAUGAUGACAUCCCGAGCAAUAGCAGUCCGUGGUUUUUGGGGGGUUGGUGGUUUUGAUGGAGACUCCUCCCCUCUCAGCCUUCCUGUUCAAAAUCUGACGGGGACAACUGAAUUAUUCAGCACACACAGGCACUCAGUUUAUGCUAUUGCCUGUGUCUUCAGUUCACUCCUCCCCUCAGCCUCUUUCAUGUAAUGCGUGCCCUAAUUCAGAACAGUUGUUUUUCAUUUUCUCCUGGAGCACCUUCCUCCUCUUAAAACACCUUUUUCCGAGAAAGAUUUACAAUUAGUGUUCAUGGCUGUUUUCAGUCGGCCAAGAAAGCGUGGCUGGUUUGUAAACCUGUUUAAAGCAGUGCCUGUUGAUGAUAAUCAGUAUUCGUUAAUCACAUUGUAGCUCAGAAUGCUAGUUUGAUUUUCCUCUUUAAGUGUUAGCCAACUAUUCUUUUUCCAAGCUUUUUUAGGAUGAUAAGGUACUGUAAUUUAUGGGAAAUCAGUACAGCAAUCAGAAUGAAAGGUUUUGCUUGUCACUGUGUCUGUAAUGGUUACCGAGAUGUAGUAUUUUAGCGCUGCACCAUGCUCUGACUCAAAGAGCAUUCAGAAACUCUGCUCUGGGGAAUAGAUACCAAUCACCAACAAUCAUAUCUUUUAAGAAUCCAUUAGAAAGCUCUGUUUACUUCACUAGACAUCACCAUCUCUUUAAGUGCUUGGUUAAUAUAAAGAUUAUCUCCCUGUAGAGCUUGUUUUGGGGCUGUACUUAAAUGUGUAGCUGUGCCCUGUUGGUACUUCGAAUCGUAUAGAUGAGCUAUUCUAUUACUGUCAUAGUGAUAGUGGUACAUUUAAGGUGGCACCAUUAAUCUCAGUCUGAACACCUGGGAACAUGUAGCAAAGGUCCACCUUAAAACCCUAAGGCCUAAUAAAAUGAAAACCAUGUAAAUAGCAUACAAUGUAGGUAAUUAAACUCACCACAGUUUUAUGUGGGACUGCGAACUCGACAUAUAAACUAAAGGAAGAGCUGUGUGAAGCUUCACACUGCUUCGUUCUGCUCUUCUUUCCAAGUGUGCAGGCACAACUUGUAGGCAAAAUAUGCCAAAGCUUUUCUACCAUUUGCAUAACCAUUUCUAAGGAACUUUGAGUGUGUGAGUGUAUGUCUCUUUUUCCCAGUAUAACAUAAAGUCAAUGUUCCUUCUGCAAGUGAAAAUACUAUCAUUUAUACAAUCAUAUUGUGAUUAUGUACAAAGUAUCUAUUUCAGAUAAGGGGGGGGGGGGACCUUAAAGUAAUAGUUAGACAUUUUGGGAAAUACACCCAAUCGCUGUCUUUACAUGAAUUAAAUAAGAAUAUUGACACCACUCGUAUGUCUGUGCGUUAAGUACAGAGCUGGAGCCGAGAGGACCGGAAGCAGGGGAAAGCAGCUAGCCUGGUUUUCUGUCCAAAGUUCAAAAAUCCACUUAUGCUGCACGGAAGUCCCGGGUGGAUGGAAAACAUAUUGUUCAUCAAGACAUAGUUACAUCAGGUAAUUUCUCUAAAACGUCAAAUUAUAGUUUUUAUUUGUUACAGAUUUAAAAAACGUGAUACAGUGUGUUCGUUAGUGAGCUUUAGAGGUGCGGUAGGUGGAUACUGACCUUUGGAGAGAGCCAGGCUACGUGUUUCAGGAGACUCGAGGGCGCUGCAAGGUGCUGGUCACUUGAAAGACAGAGGUAGCCAAAGGCAUCCGUAGGCACAUAGUGUUCUUUCUAGCUGGCCUACACUUAUUGUGAAACCUUAUACUGUUUUGAAAACCACAGUUAAGGGGCCAGAGAUCUGAUAAUGAAAAAACAGAGCUCUAAUACAUUGUUAUUUAGGUAAGAUGACAACAAACUUCAUUUUAAUAAUCAUUUCACAGCAUAGUGUAACCAUUUAACUUUUUUUAAAAUGAUGAAAUAACAUUAACAAAUACACAGCAAAUGGUGAUCUACUUUGUCAUUGUACAUUGUAGCAUUGUAAUAAUAAUUUAAUAAUUACCAAAAGAGGCGAGAUACAACUUCCUAUAUUCCAAAGUUGUCUUAUUGACAUGUUAUGUGUUCUUAGAUGGCUUGCUAACUGCUUAGCCACUGGUGAAUCCACAUUCAGGAAUCUCCUGUUCUGCAGACAGUCACCAGGGCUAACAUUGAGCUAGUGGUUGAUGGUCAGUAAAUACCUCAAAAAUAAAAAUAAAAAUGGCUGCUUGUUAAACCAUAAUGUCUUUUCUAUUUCUGCAAAUGUUAAAUACAGAAUAUUUGAUGUGUUGGUUUGGAAGAUUGGAGUUGUUGGAAGGCACCUUUAACAGAGCUCGGCUAAGUAAGUAGCCUAACAAGUAAUGUAACUUAUUACUUUUGCUGAAGUGUAAUUAGUAAAUUACUUUUUUCAAUGAGUAAUAUGUAAUGAGUAAUUGAUUACAUUUCAAGUAACUUGCUCAACGCUUGUAAUAAUUUUCCUACGGCCAAUAAUGGUUGGCUGCUAGUAAAGAUGCUAGCAGAUUAGCUUGCUAGCAACAGCGCUAGCUUGGCUGCCUCUGUCGGCCAUGUGCCCCUCGUCUUGUAGGUUGUUGCGGUCCCUCGAGAGUCUCCUGGCUGUUUCCCUCUGCUUCCAGUCCUUAUGCUAAGCUAGGCUAAUCGCCUCCUUGCUGCAGCUUCGUAUUAAACACACAGACACGCGAGUGUUAUCAAUCACUCUCACUCUCAGAAAGAAAGCAAAUAAGCGUAUUUUCCAAAACUAUUACAUUAUGUAUAGAUUAAAGAGCUUCUUUAAAGGGAUAUAAAGUGUCAUCUUCCAAGUCUGCCAAAAUAUAUGAUGAGCCCUCAAGCCCUGUGCUUUUUUUUGCAUGUACCUUUACAGUAUAAGCUUGUUUUGCCAAAGCCUGGAGCUUGAGCCUUACUGGCUGAUUUGUGCAUGCACAAGCUUUUGGUAAUAGCAUACCUCAGUGCUCACCUGAUUAUAGACACAGUCCAAAUCAGAGUAUAACUGGCCUGCGUUAAUGUUUCUGGACAGUGAGUUUUGUGAACUUUAAACUGUACAAAAUCGUAUAAUUCCAGUGUUAUAUGGACGGCAUGAUAUUUUUAGAUGAUAUGCAGUACCUUUUGGCAUCCCGUAGAUUGUCUUAAUGCUUUGGUCAAGUAUACAGACUCGUACCCUUGCUGGAUGAGUGGAAUGAGGUCAGCGGUUGUGUGUGAUGCUCCGUUGUGGGUUAAGUGUUGCGUUAUUGUCUGUGCAGCAAAGGAAGAAUAUUUGGAAUUGGGGCAGGUUUUUCACUUCACCCCAACACAGAAUUUGCUGCAUUAUUAAAACACUGAAUGUCUCCAUUUGUGGAAAAGAAAGCUCAGUUAUUUAUAAAACUCAUUAAAUCAGUCUACACAACAUGAGAAUCAACAUAGGCCUGAAGUGGAUGUGUAAUUUUAUGUUAAUCAUUUGUAAAUGGAUAAUGACUGAUUUGGACACUUAAUUUAAGUGUAGCUUUUCUCAAAGUUGCAAUACUCAUCUACAGUUUUGGCAUUUGUUCCUUGAUAUCAGUGAUAAUUCCUAAUUGGACUGUGCUUGCAAACCCUCCUGACAUGUUUCUUUAUGUGUUAAUGUUCUGGAUGCCGUUCGAUGUUUCAAAAAAGGCAUUGUGCUAGUGUUUGACCAGCAACAGCAUGUCUCCUAUUCAGCCGUUUUCUGGUGGAUGCUCUCGAGGCGUACCAUAGUGUAGAUGUCUUAACUCUGUGGAUACAGUUUGAAACUCAGUGCCCUGGUGAGAAAACAAAUCAAGAUAACGGUCAUGCGAUUCAUGCCACUCUUUUCCUUCUUGUGAUCCUCUUUUGCAUAAUGUUCUUGUGCUGCAGGAUUUUUACGGGGAAUCAGUGAAAAGCCUUGUUACUGUACCAACUGAAACUGCUCUGUGUGUUUAAAAAAUGCUGCUUUAACUGCUUUGAUAACGAAAUAAAUCUCCUUCCAGUAA